UUGCGGGUCGAGGGUGCCGGGCACGUUCCGGAGCCCAGGCCGGGCGGUGAGUGGGAACGGCCUUUCGGACCGUGGAGGGGCAGUGCUGCCUGGAGCCCUGGCAGGAUGGGCAUCAGAGAACGAGGUGGAAAGUCAGGCGAGGGUGUCCACUGGAAGCAGCAGGAGUUUCCCCAGAGGAAAGAUCAUCAAAUGGGUCGGAGGCUGGACGGAAUCAAGGUUGCAAGGUGGAUGGAGGUUGCUUGUGACCUUGACCAGAGCACGUGGCAGAGGGAGGGGAAUGAGCCAGUGUUGAAAGAGGACUGGUGCGUUGCAUUGGUUUAGCUCAUAGAUGUUCAGAAGUAUUUAUUGAACACCUACGUCAGUUUUUGGAGUUCCUUUGCUGUGUACUUAUCAUGUACUUUAAUAUUGUUUGGUAAUUUUUUUUCUCUUGCAUUUCUGAUAUAACUUUUCAUUUAUUAUAUUUUUCAGAAUUAGUAGGUUGCCCUUUUUUUUUUUUCAGAGAACAUACAGACUUUUUUCUUCUAAUUCUGUAGGUGAGUUUCAGGCUUUACAAGAAAGCCUGGUUAAACAGGAGACUGCUGUUCACCUAGACUAAUAUCGGUGUUUGGGAACCUGUACUGCCCCCAGGAAGCUCCCACAGACUGGUGUGAUGAAUGAGUUUAUUUCCUCCCCUGAGGCUUGUCUUCCCACUCGAAAGAGAAAAUCAAGGCAGAAUAACUGGUAGUUUCGCCCAGAGGAGUUUUCCCCCCGGGGGUUUUCUGAAGGGGAUUGAGUUCUCCACUGCUCCCUGGCCUUUCCCUUUUCUUCCAGGAACUUGCUCUUACAUUGAACAGGGUUGUGAGCAUGUGGAAGGUAGAACCCGCCGCUGCCCACUCCGACUCCCCCAGGAAAGCAGAGCUCUGUUGGCACACAGACAGCGCUUCCAGUAAAUACUUUGUGUCCAUCUCAAGAAUUAGUAUUGUAAGGAAAACCUGAUGGGACCUCUCCAGAUUGCCCCCAGCCGAUUCAUUUCCCAACUAUAUUGUGGAUUGAAGUCUCCAGCAGCCUCAAAAACCAAGAUUUGCCUAACAAUGGCUCGUCCAAGUUCAAAUAUGGCUGAUUUUCGGAAGUAUUUUGCAAAAGCAAAGCACAUAGUCAUCAUUUCAGGGGCUGGCAUUAGUGCUGAAAGUGGGAUUCCGACUUUCCGAGGAGCCGGAGGUUACUGGAGAAAGUGGCAAGCUCAGGCCCUGGCCACUCCCGGGGCCUUUGCCCAGAACCCGUCCCGGGUGUGGGAGUUCUACCACUACCGGCGGGAAGUCAUACAGCGCGUGGAGCCGAACCCUGGGCACCUCGCCAUCGCCGAGUGUGAGGCCCGGCUGCGUGCGCAGGGCCGCCGGGUCGUGGUCAUCACCCAGAACAUCGAUGAGCUGCACCGCAAGGCUGGCACCAAGAACCUUCUGGAAAUCCACGGUAGCAUAUUUAAAACUCGAUGUACCUCUUGUGGAGUUGUGGCUGAGAAUUACAAGAGUCCAAUUUGUGCUGCUUUAUCAGGAAAAGGUGCUCCAGAACCCGAAACUCAAGAUGCCAGAAUCCCAGUUGAGAAACUUCCCCGGUGUGAAGAGGCAGGGUGCGGGGGCCUGCUGCGACCUUAUGUGGUGUGGUUUGGAGAAAACCUGGACCCUGACAUUCUGGAGGAGGUUGACAGAGAGCUGGCCCUCUGUGACUUAUGUCUAGUGGUAGGAACUUCCUCCGUGGUUUAUCCUGCUGCCAUGUUUGCCCCCCAGGUAUCUGCCAGGGGAGUUCCAGUGGCCGAAUUUAACAUGGAAACCACCCCAGCCACGAACAGAUUCAGGUUUCAUUUCCAGGGGCCCUGUGGUAGGACUCUUCCUGAAGCCCUGGCUCCUCAUGAAACGGAAACGGUUUCUUAAUUGUCCUGGGGAAGGAAGAAAUUACAGUACAUCUAAGUACCAGGCCACAAGCAAAGGAGACUCUAUCUUGUGGAUGAGGAGCUGAAUAUUGGAAGAUCUAAAAAUAGCCUCUGUUUCUUGGCUGGGAUCCAACCUGUUGAUAAGUGGUAGGGCCUUAGAGGUAACAGUAGCAAAUGUAGUUACAAGAAGUCAGAGAACUGUAAAGUUAAUGCAUGUUAUUUGGUUUGAACUUAAAAAUGAGAUACCUCUGAUGUAUUUGGUUGGUUAUUGGGAGGGGUAAAAUUCUAAUUUGAUUGUCUUAAAAAUGUACUUAUCCCAAAUGUAUUUUUGCUAUUUGGCAAAGAUAGAAGUAGACAUUUGAUAUUUCUGAUUUUUGCACAUGCUUUGGUGGAAAAUAAAAUUGCUCUCUACAGUAGGUAAUUUAUUGUAUAAAGAUGUGACCCCAAGAGAGAGCUUUGUUGAGAACUCCCCCCCCCCCCAUAUUUGCCUUGUUUGGCUGCUUUACCUCUAAGUAUGUGGGACAGUUUAGAACAAGAACUCAAGCAAGGAAGGAAAAGUAGCAACAAGGUAGAAAAUCAGGAUGAGACACACUCCCACCAAAUGAUGCAUAUUAUAUAGAUUCCAAAGGUAAACACAACUGCCUAAAAUGCAGUACUAGCCUUCUUAGCAGCCUAGGAGGAAAGGAAGAGGUGAUGUUUGACUAUUUCUUAAUAUAAA